AUGGAGUUCUUGAAGAAGAAGACCCUGCCUUUUCUUCUCAUAUUUGUGUCCAUGUAUAUACACGGGACUCCAUCACAGGGAGCUGACCCAGCUAGGCAAAGAAAGCCAUUUUUCGAGAGGCUCCGUCGACUAGAAGAGCAGUUUCAGAGAUUCCAACAGGUGACCUUAACACACCUGCAGGACAUUGCCAGCAACUACAAUGUGUACUACAAUAUGGACGCCCGCUUCCAGGGCCUGGUGGAACAGAGCCAAGCCGUAGCUCUAGCGAUGAAUCAGUCUCAAGCUGCCAUACAAGGAGAUGUGGCCCAACUAAAGACCUGGUUUAGGAAGAGCCAGCGAAGGAGCCGGAAGAUGGAUGCUCGGCUCCAAGCCUUGGACCUCUCCCUCAGCACAAAGAACAGGCAGUGGGUGGAGGAGGAGAAGGAGCAAAAGGCACAGAGGGAGGCUAUUGCAAGCAUGGCCGUAAGCUUUAGGGCACUACAGGAUGCGCUGGCCAGCCUCACACAGCAAGUCCAUGGCCAGGAUGCCAGACUCGCUGCUCUUGAGGGACAGAUACAGAGGUCCUCCCCUAGUACUGUGGUCCUGGGGCUGACCACAGCCCCCAGCCCCACCCAGCUUGCUCAGCGAGGCCCUGGUUCCUUGCAACUGUGGAGGAAGAGCCAGGCAUCCAAGUCUUCAUCCCAACACAGGAAUUCCUCCCAAGACUUCACUGUCCACGUCCAGGAGAUGCAGAAGUCCCAAGCCCCAAGCAACCAUCAAGCAGCCUCACUGAGGACCUACCAAGGACCAGGAAACAUUUGUGGCACGGGCCCAGUGCUGAUUUUCCCCAAUACCUCCACUGAAAAUGUGAUCUUUCUCAGCCCUGGCCUCCUCGUACCCCUACGAGCUCUGACCUUCUGCAGUUGGGUCCGCAUGGCCACCAACUACCUGGGCACCCUCCUUUCCUACGCCACCAACGACAAUGACAACAAGUUAGUGCUGCAUGGCCGAGACUCCCUGGUCCCCGGCUCCAUUCACUUCGUGAUUGGAGACCCGGUCUUCAGGGAAUUGUCCCUGCAACCGCUCCUGGAUGGUCAGUGGCACCACAUUUGUAUCAUCUGGACAUCCGUGGAGGGCAAGUACUGGCUCCACGUAGACAGAAGGAUUGUAGCCACCGGCUCCCGCUUCAGAGAGGGCUAUGAGAUCCCUCCUGGAGGGUCGCUUGUGCUGGGCCAGGAACAAGACACUGUGGGGGGUGAGUUUGACAGCUCUGAGGCCUUUGUAGGGAGCAUAUCUGGCUUGGCCAUCUGGGACCGGGCACUGCUUCCUGGAGAAGUUGCCAACCUGGCCUCUGGGAAAGAGCUCCCGACAGGUGCCAUUCUGACGCUAACCAAUGUCACAUCGGUAGGUGGAUUUGUGCAGAGAGUCAAAUGUACGUGCCUGGAACAGUGUCCAUAA